AUGCCCACGAAACCAUCCUCCAACCGCAUCACCUUCACAGAAGUAGACGAGGUCAACCAUCCCACUGCAACCUAUAUCUACUCUGCCGACGGACAAAACGGUCGCGUCGAUAUAGUGCUCCCUCCACACAACUCUCAAACAUGGUCCCUCCGCGCCCUCAAGACCCUCCUUAUCGAGGUCUUCCUCCCAGCCGGAUACCCGCACAGCGUGACUGACGACUACACCGCAUACCAGAUCUUCGACUCCCUCCAAGCCUUCAGCAGCUCCAUCGCAGGCCUCCUCUCCUCGCGCGCAGUCCUACAAGGCGUCGGCGUCGGCAACCCCAACGCCUCCCCCACCUCCGCCCUCCUCCUACACAUCCUCCAAGACACCUCCGGCCGCCUCGCGACCAUCCUCUUCGCCCACCGCGUCGGCACCGCCCUCCAGCCCGAAUGCAAGUCCUACCGCCUCGCCGCCGACCUCUUCAACGACCUCGCCAUGAUCCUGGACUGCCUGUCGCCCGCGGCGCCGGCCGGCGCCCCGCGCGUGGCUGUCCUCAGCGCCGCUGGCGUGCUGCGCGCGCUCUGCGGUGUCGCGGGGGCCCUCAACUACGCCGCCGUCCGCGCCGUGCAGAUGACCUCGCUGAACCGGCAGCGCGCAAACAUCGUCUUUGCGACGCUUCUCGACGCGGACCCGGCCCUGCGCGCCCUCGCCCUCGCGCCGCAGGUCUCGGGCCCCGCGGAUGGCCGGGGCGUGCUCAGCCCCGCGCAGGUCGCGGCGCGGGAAGCCAUUUUCGAGCGGGACGGGGUGCUGCGGUGGAGUUCUGCUGCCGCGGCGGGGCCGGCGCCCGUGCUGGGGGUGUGUCGGAUUGGGGUGUCGGUGGGCGAGUUUCUGCGGUGGUUGGGCGGGGCCGGCCGCGCUGGUGUGCCGCUGGGCCGUUUGCAAGAAGCGUUUCGUGCUGAGGCGUAUAUCUUGUUUCUGGCGGGCGGGAACGCGGCGAUCCUUUUGAAGCGCGGGUGUACGCCGCGGGCGCAGUUGAAGGCGUGGAUGCAUGCGCUGCUGGCGGCGCGGGUGCUGGGCGAUAUGCACGAGGCCGGAGAUGAGACGGAGCGGGCUUUUGGCGUGGUGGAGAGUACGCUGCGGUUCUUGGAUCAGACUCGUGUGGAUGGGUACCUUGAUGCGCUGACGCGGGCCGGAUGGGAUGUCGAUCUGGCGGCGCUGGAGACGAGGCCCGGGCGGAGGAUAAUCUGCGAGUAA